AGGGAGGAAGUAUUAGUUCUGUAUUGGUCUUCAACAAGGAUGGACGUGGGUCUAAGAAGAGGAGAAAGGAAAAGAAGAGGACCUAAACCUAAACCUAUAACUCUAGGAAUGUCCAAAUAUCGAAGAAAAGAAGCAAAUGCACGAGAAAGACAAAGACAGGGUGAAAUAAAUAAAGGGUUUGAACUACUAAGAGAGAAGGUUCCUCACCCUGUAUUAAGUAAAGGUAAAUGUGAGAAACUACGUAAGAUAGAUGUUCUCCAUGUUGCCAUCAGUUAUAUCAGAGCCUUGGAGAAUAUUCUAGAAUCUGGAGAACCAGGGAUAAACGAUUUUGCAAACUCUUUGUACAGUGUUGUUCCACAUAAUAUAUUUACACAGACAGACACACAAACUAGACAGACAAUCCCACACACAAACUCAGAUCAAGAUAAUAUGAAAUCAAUACCUGGAUGUAAAACCAAGAUCUCAAACAUAUCAAACAAGAGAAAACUACAAGAUCAGGGAAUACAAGAGCACAAGAACAAAGAGAGACGAGGAUUUAAAAACAAGAAGAUGGGACAAGAUCAAACUUCUAAACAGACAAGGUUUACUGGGAUAAGAUCUAAACCUAUUCUACUGGGAGAGAGAACAGAUAAUCCUGGUGAGAGAAGGUUUGAUGAAACUCUUGAACCUGGAGAUACCUUGCAUCAGUAUUUUAGUGAUAUUAGUUUCAGCUCCUCAGAUUCAGAUAUAUUUUCAGAUACAUCUUUAUUAGAUUCUGUAUCUGGAUCUAUUCCAACUUUAGAAUCCAUGAUUUCGUCUCUUUCAUCCUCAGUUUCUGAUCAAUGUGGAAACCUUGAGGUUCGGAGUAUUUUGAUCCAACCCUCUUCCUCAUCUUCAUCCUCAUCCUCAGACUCGUCUUCGACUUUAGAAACCUACAGAUCUCAGUACACACAAGAGUACAAUGAGUACAGAGAUAAUUCAUUUGAUUCUGGGAUAUCAGGUCUAGGUUCAGAUAUUGAAGUAGUACAUCGUAUGGAGUAUACAGAUGAUUCUAAGUUCGGAAUUAUUGACACUUUCUCUGAUCCAACCCUUGCUGUAUUCUAGUUUUUAUUUUUAUAUCUGUCUCUAACAAGUUACUUACUAAUUAUACAAAUCAAUUCUGAUAGUUCGCCUGAUAUUGAUCAAUAUAAAUGUUAAUAAAUUUCAUUCACUACUUUCUUAA